AUGGAGAUAGUCGCCGACGACCCCCCCGCUCCCCCUGCUGCUCAGAGUGUCGUGAGAGAACCACCUGCUUGGAUCGCAGAUGCAAUGACAAGGAUGAACGGGCAGGACCCCAGGCUGGUUACAGAGAAGACCGUGACAAAAAGCGACGUGAACAAAAGCCUUUCUCGUCUCUUGAUCCCUUUCACCGCAAUCAAGGACGAAGACUUCUUGACGGAUGAUGAGCGGAGAUCGAUAGACGGAAUGUACGAAGAGAGCAAGAACACCAAGAAGAAGUACGCCGGCUUCCAGGUGAAGGUGAUAGACCCGAUGACGAGGACAUGGGACUUGGCGCUGAAGAGAUGGAACAUGGAGAAGAGCUCGAAGAACGACGGGUUCUCUUCCAAUUACUCGCUGCAGAAGAACUGGAACAGGCUUGCAGAAGCGAACGAGUUCGAGGAAGGGGAUGGGCUCGAGCUCUGGUCGUUUAGGGCGGAAGGCCAACUCUGUCUCGCUAUCUUUACCCAUUGA